AUGUCCAAGGGCACCAUCUGUAUCACCGGCGCCACCGGCUACGUCGGCUUCGCUACCCUGCUCGAGGCUCUGCGCAACGACUACAACUGCCGCAUCGUCGUCCGCAGCGACUCCAAGGCCACCGUCAUCAAGACCGCCCCGGCCUUCCUCGAGCUCAACAAGUCCUCGGCAUGCUCUUUCUACACGGUACCUGACCUCAGCGCCCCUGGAGCUCUUGAUGAGGCCAUCAAGGGCGUCGACUAUGUCAUCCACAUGGCCUCGCCUCUGCCCUUUGGCGGCGAGGUUCCUCCGGAGGAGCAGUACAACAAGUACGUGGUUCCGGCACUCACCUGCACGCUCGCUGCAUUGGAGAGCGCGUCCAAGUCCCCCUCCGUCAAGCGUGUCGUUAUCACUUCGUCGGUCGGCUCCUACAUCAUGCCGGACGUCCUCCUCGGCCCGGACCAGCCCUCGCUCUUGACCAUCACGGAAGAGGACGUCAACGAGGAUAUUCCGGCUCCUUUCAGCCACCCCCUGACGGCCUACUGCGCAUCCAAGACGGCGGCGAUGCGUCGCUCCCUUGAGUGGAUGGCCGAGCGCAAGCCGUCGUUCGACUUGGUCAACAUCGCACCGUCAUACGUCCAGGGCCGUCACGGUCUUGCGCAGAACAUGGCCGAUUUGACCGCCUCAUCGACAGUGCUCUUUAUCCGCAUGUUCGCUGGCCUUGCGAAGAACGCUGAUGCGCCGCCUGAGGUCGCGGCUGUAUGCCACAUCGACGAUGCCGCUUCGGUGCACGUGCGCGCCCUGGACCGCAACACUGUGCCCGGCAACCAGUCUUACCUCUUCAGCCAGCACUACAACUGGAACGAUGUCCUGCCUGUUGUGGCGGCCAAGUACCCGGAGCAGGUCAAGGCUGGUCUGCUCCCUAACGACAGCAAUGUGCCCUCAAAGAAGGUCCGCUUCUCGGCAGAGAAGGGGCAGCGUACGUUCGGCAUCAAGCUGAAGGGCAUUGAGGAGAUGGUCGACAGCAUUGUGCCGCAGUACCUCGAGAUGCUCGAGAAGGAGAAGAAGCUGGAGAAGGCGACUGCUGUUGCUGUUUAA